GGAGGAGCAGAGGGAGGUGAGGGAGGCAAAGAGGGAGGAGGGGGAGAAGGAGAAGGAGGAGGAGAGGUGGCCAAGGGAACCCCCAAAGGUCCAGUGUACUGUAUCUGCAGGAGACCAGACAUCAACUGUUUCAUGAUAGGGUGUGACAGCUGCACUGAGUGGUUUCAUGGAAACUGUGUUGGAGUUUCAGAAAAAGCAGCUAAAGCCAUCAGAGUCUGGUACUGUCCGUCCUGCAGAGACAAAGACCCAUCUCUGGAGAUUAAAUUCCGUCCUAAGAAGACCAAGGAGAAAGAGGAGAAAGAGUCUGAGCCUGAGAGGGAGGACAAACCUGAUGGAGAUGGAAGCUCCACCCUCCAGCCCAAGAUUGACAAGAGGCGGGGCUCUCAGAUCAAGCGUUCGGCCAGGAUGUGUGGGGAGUGCGACGCCUGUCUGAGGACGGAGGACUGCGCUCAGUGUGACUUCUGUAAGGACAUGAAGAAGUUCGGAGGUCCAAACAAAAUUCGCCAGAAGUGUCGACUGAGGCAGUGUGAGGUCCGAGCCCGGAAGAUGCUUCGGGUCAAAGAUGAGGAGAUGAGUCGGAGUGGUGGCAGAGGGCGGAGCUUUUCAGUGAAAGGGGCGGGGCAUCAGACAGAGGAGGAAGAGGAGGAGGAGGAGCAAGAAGGCGUGUUCAGUGAGAGCGAGCUGGAGCUGUACGAGCAGUACAAAGCAGCUGGAUACAGAGACCUGGUCUGGCACAGCGAGGAUGAGGACGCUCAGUCGGACUCUCUGAGGAAGAAGGCGGUGAAGGUGAAACACGUCAAGAGACGGGAGAAGAAGACAGAGAAGAAGAAAUCCGUCUCUGCUCCUAAAGAGGAGGUGAAGCCUCGUCGCCACAAAGUGAAGCAGCGUCACAGGGAACGCGUGCGUCACAGCGAGCGAGGCGGAGAGGGCGGGGCCAAGGAGGUAGGCGGGGCUUUGAGGCAGUGUCUGGGUCCAGGAUGUGUCCAACCGGCAAGGAUCAACUCCAAAUACUGUUCAGAGGACUGUGGCAUGAAGCUCGCCGCCAAUCGUAUCUAUGAGAUCCUUCCUCAGAGGAUCCAGCAGUGGCAGCAGAGUCCGUGCGUGGCCGAGGAGAUGGGACGGAGACAGCUGGAGCGAAUCAGGAAGGAGCAGCAGGCUGCGAGGCUCCGCCUCACACUGAUGGAGAAACGUUUCCACGAGCUCGAAGGCAUCAUCGCCAACGCUAAACAGCAGCAGGUCCAACAGCACGAGGAGGUGACUGAAGGUGACGGCGAUGACACAGACCUUCAGAUAUUCUGUGUUUCCUGCAGUCACCCAGUCAACCCGAAGGUGGCGCUGAGACACAUGGAGAGAUGCUACGCUAAGUAUGAGAGUCAGACGUCGUUUGGUUCCAUGUACCCAACACGUAUAGAGGGAGCGACCCGGUUGUUCUGUGAUGUGUAUAACCCUCAGAGUAAGACGUACUGUAAGCGGCUGCAGGUUCUGUGUCCUGAACACUCCAGAGACCCGAAGGUCCCGGCAGACGAGGUGUGUGGUUGUCCUCUAGUGAAAGACGUCUUCGAGCCGACAGGAGAGUUCUGCCGAGUGUCUAAGAGGAAGUGUAACAAACAUUACUGCUGGGAGAAGCUUCGCCGCGCCGAGGUCGACCUGGAGAGAGUCCGCGUGUGGUAUAAGCUGGACGAGCUGUUUGAGCAGGAGAGGAAUCUGAGGACGGCGAUGACGAAUCGAGCCGGUUUAUUGGCUCUGAUGCUGCACCAGACCAUCCAGCACGACCCAAUCACAACCGACCUGCGCUCUGCCAAGGACAGGUAGACGGACAGGUAGACGGAUCCAUUAAACGUAUAUUUCUUUUCAAUAUGAGAUCCCAAACCAACAGAAUGCAUUGUGGGAAGCAGAGGCAGCGAACACAGAGGAACAAACAUGGACGCCGUGAUGCUGAGAUCUGGUCCUUGUAUUCAUGAGACAAAACUGUUGUGAUGAGCUGAUUUUGUUGUAAUUAUGAGAUGAAGUCACCUGUUUUCAUGCUCGUUAAUUAUGUCAAUCUGCCUGCAGCUCAUUGGUCAGUCAGGAUCUGUAAACCUGCAGACUUCAGACGUAAUCAAAGUAUUUAUAUCAUCAUGUAAUCGAACAGUAUUAACUGUUUUAUUCUGUUUUUAUACCGUAAUACUGUUUUAUUUCUAAAGCACUACAUUACCCAUAAUUCCACCAAAACCACUACAGCCUGUCAACAGAAGUGUUUCAUAUUUUAUAAAAACAGAUAAGGCGUCAUGAAAUAAAUAAAUAAAGAAUAAAAGCAGACAAAAUAUGUCACAUGAUGCAAUAAAUGUUUAAAAGUCAUUAUUAUAUGUGAGAUUAUAAAAUCUUUUCACUCAUCGCAAGUGAUUUUUUAAAUUUCAUUCAAGAUAAACACAGAGAUUCCCAAUCUCACAUAUUAAUCAUAAAACAAGACGAGGAAACGCACAAUAAAAUAAGAAAAUAAAAACAUAAACACCGUUAAAUUUCAUUUAAUAGCCGGGGCUUUUAUUUGCUUCAGUGACUGGACUCAUUUGGGACGUGGCUUUAAUUCCUUUCACACUAAACAAAGAUGGGAAAUAAGCUGAUAUCAAACUGUUUAAGUAUGAAUAUUACUUUUUAGAUCGGAUAACAUCUCAACUACAAAUCAUUCAUUUGAUCUAGCGCUGAGAGAGGCCGGUAAAUCUGAAUGAAUCAGACUUUGGUGCUCGUUGUUUCCAUAAAAUUAACUGAAUCAUGGAGAAUCUAACGAUGUGCAGCACGUCCAUACUGACUUUUUCUCUUUGUGUGUGCGAUCUAAGCAGCUCGAGCAGGCGACCCGGCGGCAUUUCAGAGGUUUGAUACAUCCAGAAAUCUUUAUAAAAACCAAAGUCCUUAUAGGCAGGUCCAUCCCCUCGGCAGCCAUCUUGGUAAGGCCUCAGGUAUCUGGGACUACCAGGGUCAGGGGUCUCAUUUAUAAACGGUGCGUACGUACAAAACAGGGCUGGAAACUUCCAAAGCAAAGGUUGUGAUCUGUAAAAAACAAACUUUAGGGGAGAAUGUGC